AAAUACAGUAGAUAUCGGUUAUAUGACGAACCGCUUGUAUGCAAAUUUUGGUUAUAUGCAAAAUUUUCAUAUUUCAACGCAUUAUAGAACGUUUUAUUAUAUGAAUUUGGUUGUUUGAAUGCAAAUCGUUUAUAAGCAAAUAUCGCAUUUAUGCAAAAAAAUUUCAGCAAAAUUGAAUCGUUACGUACAAAUUUUAAUCUGUUUUAAGCAAAUUUUCCAACACUGAAACACUAAAUUUAUUCUAUCGAUUUAUCGAUUGUCAAACAUAUGAUUUUGUGUUACACUUGUUACAAUGUCGCGUCGUGUUGUGUUAACAGCGAAACAAAAAAUUGCGGUUUUAAACGAUUUAAAGACUUCCAAAGACCGAAAAACCAUUGCUGCUAAAUAUAAAGUUAGCUUAAGCACUAUAUCGCGCAUUCAAAUCCAAGAGAACAAAAUCCGCGCCAUAACAAAUCCCAAUAGGAAACGGGAUAGGAAAGGCGCACACGUGAAUUUGGACAGAACCUUGUUGUCCUGGUUUAACCAAAUCCGGUCCCAAAAUGGAAUUGUUACCGGACCUGUCUUGCUUUCUAAAGCACAGGAAUUUGCGUUAAAAUUAAACGAAAGUUAUGUGCCAGACCGUAGUUGGUUGCAGCGUUGGUGCGGGCGAAAUGCCCUUAACUUCUCCAAGAUUUACGGAGAAGCUGGCGAAAAUAACGCAACAAGUGCAGAAGUUUUCACUACUAACCGUUUGCCUCAUAUUAUUGAAAAAUUUUCGCCGGAUUGUAUAUUUAAUGCCGAUGAAACCGGGCUGUACUACAAGGCGUUGCCAAAUGGAAGUUACAAAGGCAAGUAUGAGAAUCCAAAGGGAUUCAAAACUCAAAAGCAACGCCUCACAUUUCUGUUUCUAUGCAAUGCAACCGGCACGUAUAAACGUGCAUAUUGCAUUGGAAAGUCGGCUAAACCACGGUCUUUUAAAGGAAAACAGCUACCGCUGCCAUAUUAUAAUAAUAGAAGUGCUUGGAUGACGAGUGUUAUUUGGAAAAAGAUUCUAAUAGAUCUCAAUCAAAAUCUUGAAAAAGAUAACAAGCAGAUAUGUUUGAUUGUUGAUAAUGCUCCUUGCCACAAUACAGAUGAGAAAUUCUCAAACAUUACGAUUGAAUUUUUGCCACCAAAUACAACUGCCCUUAUACAGCCACUUGAUCAAGGUAUCAUCCACUCCUUUAAAAUGGAAUAUCGACAAAUACUAAUAAAAAAACAAAUUUGUGCGUUGGAGAAGGGCUUAUCUAUAGUUGAAUUCCUGAAAUCGCUCACUAUUUUGGAUGGUAUCAAUUAUGCAAAUCGCGCUUGGAACCUUGUUAAGCAGCAAACAAUUAGUAAUUGUUUCAAAAAGGCAGGCAUUGACAACAUUCAAUUCAUUACAGAUGAGAUUGCAGCCACAGAAGGCGAAAACUAUGAAUGGUGCACACUCGAUAAUGAAUACAUUCAAUGCGAUAAUGAACUUGUCUGCUUUGGAACCAUGUCGGACGAGGAUAUUGUUGCGGACGUAUUGGCCGUCAAUCAAAAUUCUACUGAAGAUGAGGAAGUGUUCGCGCAAUCUGAGGCUUGUAUUAAACACCCCUCAACGAAAAAUGCCUUGCUAAGCUUAGAUUCGCUGCGUGACUAUUUUUGUCAUAACAAUAUAGAUCCCUUAGAGGCUUUUGAAGAUAUUGAAAAUUUAAUCCUAGAGAGUUCUGAAAAACAGAAAUGCCAGAAGAAAAUAACAGAUUUUUUAAGUAAAUCUUAACAAUUUUCAAAUUAAAUGAAUUGACUGAAGUGAAAUAUAAUUUUUAUUAAAACUGAAUAAGUUUAUAUAUUCUAUUUCUUGUGUGCUAUUUUUUGUUUACAUCGAAUUGAUUGUGUAUAUGCAUAUAUUUUGCAUAUAAGCGAAUACCGCUUGUUUGCAAUUACCGCCUGUAUGCAAAUUUUUUUUUGCAUUAUAACAAUUGCAUAUAACCGAUAUCUAC